CAUCCAGCAAUUUUCUCCACCAGCAUGCCACCUUCACCACCCAUGUAAUAUUAAUGGCUUUGGUUCAGUACUCCGAUUCCGAGGCAGAAUCAGGGUCAGGGUCAGAGUCCGAGUCGGCUCAUGAACCGUUGCAACAGCCAGCUAAGAAACGUCGCCUUGAGCACCGAUCGCCAACGCUGCCGCCUCUCCCAGCAGCCUUCCACGAUCUCUACGCUUCGAGCACUCGAGUCAGCAUCAGAGACGAUCCGAACCUGCAUGGGGGCCGCAAAAGGGCUAUUCCUCACGUCGAGGGUAACUGGCCGACACAUAUAUACCUAGAAUGGUACCCAUCUAAGAACGAUUUUAUAAAGCUUGACCAAGUCGUAACUCGACUAGAGGAUAACUCCGAGGGUAACAUUGCUAUCCACAGCCUACUGCAGAGUGACCUCGGUGCCCAGCUGCCUCUUCACAUCAGCCUUUCUCGCCCCGUGGUGCUCCAGACAGAGCAGAGAACACCCUUCCUGGCUACCUUCCAGCACUUCCUUCAAGACUCGAAUAUCGCCGCCUUUGAUGUCACGGUUGAAGGGUUGGACUGGGUCUCGAAUUACGAGAAGACGCGGUGGUUUCUGGUCCUACGAGUCUGCAAACAUGAAAAGGACUACUUGAACACUCUGCUCCGAUUGUCAAACAGCUCCUUGGCACACUUCGGUCAACCUCCACUCUAUGGAUCGCCUCACCAACAUGGCGAAGCCAAGAAACGACAAACAGGUCCAUCGGGCGGCCAGGCGAAGGCGAUGGAUGAACAGCAGGCUAUCCAGGACUUUUCACGCUCGUUUCAUAUCUCCUUGGCGUGGUGCUUGACGGAGCCAUCCCCUGAAGACAAACGGCGAGCUGCAAAAGCGGACUUGCGAGCGUUGGAAGAUCUCUCGAUUCGGUUUUGCAGUGUCAAGGCAAAAAUCGGCAACCAUGUAACCAGUCUUCAGAUUUGACAGCUGUAGCGACGAGAUUUUUACGAAUUAUGUGGACUAGAAAUAUACCAGAGCUCGAUAUUAUUCUUCUAGAAUGCUAUUGUUGAUCUACGG